AUGUCAGAGCCAGAUUGUGCUAAUCUAGAAGAAGAGGCAGCUGAACAGUACAACCCUGAAUCGCCCUCUUCCCAAAGCCCCUCUCCCAGUGCGCCUCUGCCUCCAGAUGCUCCCGAAAUGGAGAGGGCCCUCUACAUCUGCUUCCAUACCCUCAAGCUCACCACACCAACCUAUGGAGACCUGAACCAUCAAGUCUCAGCCACCAUGAACAAUGUCACCACCUGCCUCCUUUUCCCAGGCCAGCUUAAUGCUUACCUUCGAAAGCUGGUUGUCAACAUGGUGACGUUCCCAUGUCUCCACUUCCUCAUGCCUGACUUCACUCCUCUUACCAGCAGUGGAAGCCAGCAGUACUGGGCCCUCACUGCACCUGAAUUUACUCAGCAGGUCUUUGACACCAAGAACAUGAUGGCCACCUGAGACCUGCACCAUGGCCAGUACCUCACAGUUGAAUCUGUCUUCCGUGGACAGAGGUCCAUGAAGGAGGUAGAUAAGCAGAUGUUCAAUGUGCAAAGUAAGAAUAGCCGCUACUUCUUGGAAUGGAUCCCCAACAAUGUCAAGACAGCUUUCUGUGACAUCCCACCAUAUGGCCUCAAGAUGGCAGUCACCUUCAUUGGAAACAGCACAGCCAUCCAGGAGUUCUUCAAGCGCAUCUCAGAGCAGUUUAUGGCAACGUUCCGCUGGUGGGCUUUCCUCCACUGGUACAAAAGAGAGGUCAUGGAUGAGAUGGAGUUCACUGAGGCUGAGAGCAACAUGAACUGCCUCAUCUCUGAGUAUCAGGAGUAUCAGGAUGCCACCACAGAAGAGGAAGAGGAUUUCAGAGAGAAGGCAGAAGAGGCCUAA